AAAAAAGAAUGGCCAAGCAGGCAAGGCGGUUAGCUGGCAUCCCAUGCUGCUUGCAGCUAAUGAUAAAUAGAGCACCGUUCCCGCCACUCGUUCCUCAACUUUUUUGUUUACGACAUCUGGCAGUUCUGUGUUCUUGCUUAUUUUUCGACAACUUCAAUGGGUACCGGUCUCAGUAAAUAGCAAACAUUUACUCGGCAACUUCUAUUACUACUUCUAUACAUCGCAUCUCAUACACUGGCCACGUUUUUGCUCAACUGCCACCUCCCAGCUUCAAUCGGGGUUCCGCUCCAUUUACACACUUUACAUAUUUUUAGACUUGCCCGUGCAACAGCACAUAAUAGCGCGCACACAAAACCUACAACCCAUGGAUUCUUUUAUUUCCAGCAACAUCGCCAGCACCGAGAACAUGGCUACCCUAGCUGCCUCCAUUGUACACGCCUCUCCUUCGGGCCUUCUUGAGCUUGAGCAAGCACCAUCACAUAUGUUCCUCGCCGAGACUGGCAUCCAGCCUCUAGCAAAAGACGGGCUCCAAGUGGCUGGCAUCACCGAGGCCCUUGACUUUCCAGCCACUGCCUCAUCCAUCCCAGCCCACCUUAUCGACCAGCUCGCGUCGCUGUCCUCGUCGGUGGCAACCCCGAGCGAGUCGCCAUUCCUCGCCAUCGAUGUGUUUGACGAGUGCACUUCGUCAGGGACCCUUGCUGCCCCACCGAUGCACCAUGUGCAGCAAGUUGGAGAUUUCCGCCCUCAGCGAACGGGCACUCCUCUCACACAAAUUGGCGACCUGCCUAUUUCAGCGGUAGGAGCACCAGCGGGCAUUCCAGAACACUAUCCGAAUAUGUUCGCUUUUCCGCUGGAUCCCGCGGCCGAGCAGCUCUCGGCUGCGCUGGUUGCGGACGCAGUUGCUGCGGUGGUAUCCCCUGCCAUGGUGGCCAGCACUGGGUGCCUUGACCCGCAGGCGCUGCACGCGGUGUCUAGAACGCCCUUUGCCGACGGUAUGCCUGGGUACCUGUCGCAACACUCCGAAUACCCGUCGCGGUCGUCGACACCGCUGGUGAAGCUGGCCGGCAGCGGGCUCAAUCCUCAGUACACGCCAAUGACUGGCUUGAAUCCUAAAAAACUGAAUCACCGUCUCGAUCGCAUCCGCCCGCGCCGCGCACUGAGCAUUGGUGGCCCAGCCGCCUUGCAGGCUGCCAUGAUGCAUGGGCUGCCUGACCACCUACCCCAGACCUGCCAGUACCCACACUUUUCAUCGCCCUGCGUAGCCUCGUAUCGUCCUGGGCACCGCACGCCCUUGACAAGCUCGGGCGUGGUUCGCCACCACAGGUCAGGCUCCGAAAACAUCCUGGUCUCGCCAUAUCAGUCAGCGUUCAGCGACUCGUACCUUGGGUCGUCGCGGGAUUCAAGCACGAGCCCACAGAUGGGGUCCAUUAGCCGGCGCCCCCGGGGGCACUCACUUCUCAGUACCACACAGGGCGUGCGGUCGCCAAAGCUCAGCGGCAUGUCAGACUUCAGCGACAUCGAUAAUGACCUCCAGCCGCGCAAGCAGCUGACGGAGGAUCAGAAAAACACAUACUUUACAUGGCUGUACAAGAACAGACAUGACCCGAAGCCCAAGGGCAAGGAGCGCGAGCGCCUGCGCAGCGUCGACGACAUGAGCCCUGCGCGGUUUAAGACCUGGUUUGCCAAUGCCCGUCGCCGGUACUUUACUAUCGACACUGUCGAUGGUGUGCAGCGGUAUCAGCUCAAUGCGCGGUUCUACGAGGUGUGCCGCCGCUAUGGUAUUCGCCUUGAGUAGGCGCUUAUUUCAUUUUCAUCUCCAUUCAUUUCAUUUUUACUCGCAAUGUACAGACCCCGCUAUUCCUCUCUCUGU